CUCGGGGGGCCCCGGGGGGGGGGGGGUCGAGACCCGCUUCACUGUCGCGACAGUUUCCAUUCGACAUUUUAUUUUAAUUUGUAAUCACCGGCGACGCCCCGUGCGCGCGGAGAAACGUGCACGUUACAAGAGGGGAGGCAGAUUUUCCGGCUAAUGUCAAAAGCUAAGCUAACGCGAGCUAAGCUAAGCUAACUUCACUGGUUUAACGCGCUGCGAGGAGCCGACGGCGGCUCCGGUUCGUUACCGGGACCGUCUUCACUGUUCGGCUUCUGUUACGUCACCGUCCGGUCGUCGGUUAACGGGGAUAAAUGAUCUUUUUUGGGGGGGAAUGUCGCGUUAAAUAGACGCAAUAAAAACUGACCCGAAGGUGUUUGGCACGUGUCACAAGAGUGUGUGUGUGUGUGUGUGAGUGUGUGUGUCAGUGUGUGUGUGUGUGUGUCAGUGUGUGAGUGUGUGUGUGUGUGUGUGUUAUGUUGCAUGAGACUCCUCACCUUGAUCAUUAUUUUGUCAUUCUGCUGUUUUUCCCCCCAAAUAAAAACGUCUAAAUGUUCUCAAUCUGCAAAGCGAUACGAGCGUCCUGUGUGAGAGGAGCUGUUGUUGUUGUUGUUUGUUUUAUUGUUUGUUUACCUCGUUGUGUGUCUCUCCAGCAUCUCUCAGGCGCCGUACACUCUGGAGCCCGUGGGCCUGAUGCCGGUUUGAGGCCCUGGACCCACCGUGGCCCACGCUCUGCACCCGCUCCCCUCCCCGUCCUCAUCCCCCGAGCUGACGGAGAACCCCAGACUCCUCCCCCACGCGGCGCCCGGCGACUCGCUGCCCGCCGCCGCCAUGGUGUCCGGCACCGAGACCGUGCACUACAUCCACCUCCACAACUCCAGCCAGUCGGUGCUGGAGGCGCUGCGCACGCAGCGGCGCGAGGGCCUCUUCUGCGACGUGACGGUGCGCAUCCACGACGCCUCGCUGCGCGCGCACGCCUGCGUGCUGGCGGCCGGCAGCCCGUUCUUCCAGGACAAGCUGCUGCUCGGCCACUCGGAGAUCUCGGUGCCGCCGCUGGUGCCCGCCGAGACCGUGAAGCAGCUGGUGGACUUCAUGUACAGCGGCUCGCUGGUGGUGCUGCAGUCGCAGGCGCUCUGCAUCCUCACCGCCGCCAGCAUCCUGCAGAUCAAGACGGUCAUCGACGAGUGCACCCAGAUCAUCUCCCAGAGGAAGGCGGCGGCCACGGCGGCGGCGGCCGCGGCGGCGGCCGGUGGGAUGCUCCCGAAACAAGAGGAGCGCGGCGGGGGGAAAGGAAGAGAGAGCGGCGGCGGCGGCGGCGGCGGGAGCUGCUCCGUCGGGGCGGGCGGCGGCGGUUACGCCAACUUCCCCAACUUCAUGGCUGAAUGCGGGGCGAGCAACAUGGGAGGCGGGCUGGGCGGCGCCGGCGAGAGCGGCCCGGGCCCGAUGGAGCAAGCCAACACGGUGAGCCUGAUGGCGCUGGGCGACAUGGGCCCCGCCUCCAUGUGCGGCGACGGCGGCGGCGGCGACGGCCUCAUGAAGCAGAGCGCCGGCUGCACUCAGGACGUCCGCUACAAGCUGCGGGACCUGCUGGCGCAGACGGCCAACGGGGCGGGCGGCGCCGGCGGCGCCGGCAUGUCGGCGGGCUGCGUGGACGGCAUCGGCAGGGACGGUCUCCGCGGCAACGCCACCGACCUCCCCGACGACCUGGUGGGGAUGGAGCGCUACAACGAGGAGGAGGAGCUGGACGGGAGGGAGCGCGGGAGAGAGGGAGAGCGAGACAGGGGGGCGAGCCACAGCCGCAAGCAGAGGCAGCCGCUCCGACUCCAGGUGCUGGGAGGAGACGGAGUGGUGGUGAAGGACGAAGGCGCCCAGGACCCAGACGGGUCCGUCUACUCCCUGGAGGACGGGCGGCGGGACGGGCAGCAGGCGGGCCCCCAGGCGGGCCCCCAGGAGUCCAUGGCGGGCUUCGGACAGGAUUUCUACGAAGAGCAGGGGGUGUUUUCGGAGAGCUUCUGGCCCCAGAGCGAGCCGCCCCAGCAGGCCAUGGCGUUCAACCUCAGGGGGCGGGGCAACAAGCCUCUGACUCCGCCUCCCACCACGCAGUCCAUCAACAACCAGCUCCUCUUCCAGUACCCGGUCAGCCAGUCGCAGCCGGCGCCGUUCUACGUGGGCGGGCCCAUGGGUGGGAUCGACAGCAUGGCCGGGGCCGAUCCCGCUCUGCAGGCCCCGCCUCCGGCGCCCAUGACCCCGGCCCCGCCCCCCUCCGCCUCGUCCCUCCCCGCAGGCCCCUCCCCUUCCUCCCAGGGGUCCGAGACCUCGUUCGACUGCACGCACUGUGGCAAAUCCCUCCGGUCCAGGAAGAACUACAGCAAGCACAUGUUCAUCCACUCCGGUCAGAAGCCUCACCAGUGCUCCAUCUGCUGGCGCUCCUUCUCUCUGCGUGACUACCUCCUGAAGCACAUGGUGGUUCACACCGGCGUGCGCGCCUUCCAGUGCUCCAUGUGCGGCAAGCGCUUCACGCAGAAGAGCUCGCUGAACGUGCACAUGCGCACGCACCGCGCCGAGCGCACCUUCCAGUGCAACGUGUGCCAGCGGGCCUUCACCCACCGCACGCUGCUGGAGCGCCACGCCCUGCAGCACGCCCACCCGGAGCCCCCGGGGGGCCGCGGCGCCGCCGACAUGACCUCGCCCGCCAAGCACAGCCCUCCGGCUCUGGGGGGGCCCUCAGGUAUGGCCGGCGCGGCCGGCAUGGUGGGCAGCCUGGCCAACAUGGCCGGCCACGGGCCCUCCUCCGCCUAGAGGGGGAGGGGCCUCGACGGUCUUCCCUUCUGGCUCUUAACGGCGCUUUCGGUCUCGGUUUCUACGCGUCGGGUCGGCGUGGGCGUUUACGGAACCGCACACACAUAUUAGAUGUUUUUUUUAAAAUUAAGAAGUCAGGAGAAAGCCAUGAAAGUAGUUUUAGACCUCGUGUGUCGGCCGACCUUCAGCCACGUGUCUGGGAACGGACAAUUCCACCCCAAAAUAUAUAUAUGUUGUUGUAUUUUUGGGGUGGAAUUGAGUCUUAUAAUGGAGAACGUGUAGGAACCUUGAUUCAAAGACGCCAGAGAGGAACACUGAGGGGAGGGGGGGGGGGGUAUUGGGGGGCUGCAGGGUCUUCUUCACUCUCAAUUCAUUUAAUUCAAGUUCACUUAGGAGUCUAAACUGCAUGUAAUCCAACGAUGGUGCGUUCAUGAUUAUAGGACAUCGUCACGUUCACCUCGAAGACGUCGUGGUUCCAACACGACGAGACUAGAGGGGGGGGGGGGGGGUCACACACUAUAAGAUGCAACCAGCCAAUCAAAUGUAAUUAUGGAUGCAAGCAGAAGGAGACCUUUUUUUGGAGUUCUUCAGGCAUCCAAACAGGAAGUUGGUGUUGAAGGAGUUUUAAAAAAAGGCUCUUUGCUUGAUUUUGAUUGGCUGUAAAUUAGAUUUUUUUUUCCCCAAGCACCUUUUUUUUAAAGCUGAAAUAAUUGAGUCAACGCGGUCGGCGUGUUCGACUCGUCGAGCGCCGACGGAGCACUUAAAACUCGGACCUUCAGUUCAGAUGGCCUCUGACGGCCACACGGAAAGGUCAAAGGUCAAACCUCCAGGGCCUCGGCGCUGCAGGAGAGAUUCAUUCUGUUUGAGGAGAAACAUUCCACGAGAUAUCUGAACUAACUGAAUUGAGUGUGAAUGGAUUCCAGAGCUUUUCAAACCAGAGAGACGAGAAGGUUGAUGAUGAUGAUGAUGAAGAGGAGGAGGAGGCGUGAAUUAAAUUCCGUUCUUCGGAUCUGAGGCGCCACCGGUCGGCCCGGAUCAUAUACCUCGAACCAGGAGGGACGCUAGUUUCUCUUUUUGAAAUGUUUUGGAAAAACGUUUCAGCAUGUUUCUCACACACACACACACACACACACACACCUACAAUUACCUCGGUGGUCCAAAGACAGGCAUUACGCUUCGCAUCUUUUACGCUACAAAAAAAAAGGAAGAACCCCGUGACGACCUGAAGCUCACAGACCCGUUUACGUUUCACUAACUUUUAACGAAAAUACUUCUAUGUAAAAAAAAAAAAAAAAGAGAGAGAACCAGUUGUUCCUGUCCAUCCGCAGUCUUCUGUUGCGCGUGUGAUUGUUUCAUGAAGAACAUUUAAAAGAGAGGAAGGGCACAAAUCUAUGAUUUCUAUGGAGUGUUUGGUUGUUCGUCUUUCGGGCUCUUGGUUCAUAUUAAAGUGUUUCUUGCUUUAAAAUAAUACACACACAAAAAUAAUCAAAGCUUUUCUCGCAGCACUAUGUAUAUAUAUAUAUAUAAAUACAUAUAUUUAUAUAUACAAAUAUUUAUUUAUAUAUAUUUAUAUAUAAAUAUUUAUAUUUUAUAUAUAUAUCUAAAUAUAUUUAUAUAUUUUUAUAUAAAUAUAUUUAUUUAUAUUAUAUAUAUAUAAAUAUAUUUAUUUAUAUAUGUAUAAAUAUAUAUAUAUAUAUAUUUGGACAUGAAUACAAAAAAAUAAAGGAAAGAAAUGUUUUAGUGAAACUAAAUUAAUCAUGAAAAUGAACAAUCACCCCUUAAAGUUUCUGACAAAGUCAAACUGAUGAUAAUGUUAAUUAUCACUUUAAUAUUGAUAACAAUUCGAUCUCUAUGCACAGUUGAGUUUGUCCCGGUCGACGUAUUCGGCCUGAGAUUGUUUUUACUUUUAACCUCAAAGGUGAUCUGAACUUCUUCUAAAGAGUUUCUGUUCGUUAAAUCAUUCCGAUCGACACGAUUUGACCCACAACGUCUUUUUGAUCCAGGCGUGAAUUUGAAUAAAACAUUUUUUUGUGUCUGGAUUUCACAAUAAAAUUUUAAAAAAUACUUAAAUAUUGACAUUAAUGUCCCUUUUUUUUUUUUAAACGUGAAAAUUAAAAGUGCUUAUUUAGCCGCGGGGCUUUCUGCUGACACGUGUUUAUUUCUAUAAAUAGAUUUAAUGAGUAAUAAGUUGAAGAGCGGACCGGACCGCUCCUUAAACCUGUAAAAACAAUAACGCCAUCAAAGCUUCGCUGUUUUUUUGUUUUGUUCUUUUCCUGAAAUCCUUACCUCGGUCACCGACGCCACCUGGUUCUGGUGGUUCUGGUUCUGCUGAUGCAGCCGGUCUGAGGACUUGUACAGUAAUGUAAUCUGUGUGCUUUGAAGCCAUGUCGGCGCAUCGUGACGUACUGUGUUUCUGCCUUUGUUUGUUUGUUUGGAGGGGGGCUGGUUGUUGUUUUUUCUACAUUAAUAAUUCUUUCAACGGAGGUUAAAUGUUAGAAGAAGAAGAAACAGUCAUUUUAUAAUAAAUCUAAUCACUCGUCAUCUUUUGUGUAAAGACUGAAGCAUGAUUUAAACUUUCCCCCAGAACUUAAAUGUCGUACUCCAAUGAAUUUUAAGAUGAGUGAUUUCAAAGAUUUGUUCCUCCAAAUAAAAAAAGUCUUCUGUGGCUCAACGCC